AUGUCCCACAGCUGUUUCUCUAAGGUUUUUAACGGUCUCAGAAAAUCCCGCAAUCUAAUCGGUGUUGCCACGCUCACCACCACAACCACCACCGCCACUGCCGCCUCGUCGAAAAUUAACUCCAUGGAAAAUGGCGUCCAAAGUCUAAAAACCCGUCUGUGCAUCAUCGGCAGUGGCCCUGCCGCCCAUACUGCCGCCAUUUACGCUGCCAGAGCCGAGCUGAAACCCAUCCUCUUCGAAGGAUGGAUGGCCAACGAUAUCGCCCCCGGAGGACAGCUCACCACCACCACCGAAGUAGAAAAUUUCCCGGGUUUCCCUAAUGGGGUCGGAGGGAUAGAGCUUAUGGAUAAGUGUCGAGCCCAAUCUCUCCGUUUUGGCACACAAAUUUUCACUGAAACAGUCACGGAAGUCGAUUUUUCGACUAAACCGUUCAAAAUUUUUAGUGAUUCCACAAGGGUUUUAGCUGAUUCUGUUAUAGUCGCCACUGGAGCAGUAGCCAAACGCCUCAGUUUCCCAGGUUCGGAGACCUUUUGGAACCGGGGGAUAUCUGCCUGCGCCGUCUGCGAUGGUGCUGCCCCCAUAUUCCGAAAUAAACCCCUUGCCGUAAUUGGUGGUGGUGACUCUGCUAUGGAAGAAGCCACUUUCUUAACCAAAUAUGGUUCUAAGGUAUACAUUAUUCACCGAAGAGAUGAAUUUCGGGCUUCAAAGAUUAUGCAAAACAGGGCAUUAUCAAACUCCAAGAUUGAAGUCUUGUGGAAUUCUGUGGUGGUGGAGGCGUAUGGGGACAGGACGUUGGGGGGUUUGAAGGUGAAGAAUGUUGUCAAUAAUCAGGUUUUAGAUUUGAAGGUGUCGGGCUUGUUUUUCGCAAUCGGGCAUGAGCCAGCAACCAAGUUUUUGGGGGGUCAGUUGGAGUUGGAUUCUGAUGGCUAUGUGAUCACGAAGCCCGGGACCACAUUAACCAGCAUCCAGGGGGUUUUUGCAGCCGGUGAUGUCCAGGAUAAGAAGUACAGGCAGGCUGUUACUGCGGCUGGCACUGGAUGCAUGGCCUCCUUAGAUGCCGAGCAUUACCUACAAGAGAUUGGUUGUCAAAAGGGUAAGAGCGAUUGA